CUUAUCUCUAAAGGCCCAAUUUCAUUUAGGUUUAGUUUAUUUGAUCAUUAUCCUUACUAUAAAGGCUUCGCCUUUCGAGAAAUUUAGGGUUUCUUCUGUCUGUCUCGUCACUCAGGAUCAGAUCUUAGCUAAAUUGAGACAAGCUCAAAAUGAGUAAGCUUCAGAGUGAGGCCGUUCGUGAAGCCAUCACUACUAUCACAGGGAAAUCCGAGGCAAAGAAACGUAACUUUGUCGAGACUAUUGAGCUCCAGAUCGGUCUGAAGAACUAUGACCCUCAAAAGGACAAGCGUUUCAGUGGAUCUGUCAAGUUACCACAUAUCCCCCGUCCUAAAAUGAAGAUCUGCAUGCUCGGAGAUGCCCAGCAUGUUGAAGAGGCUGAGAAGAUGGGGUUGGAAAACAUGGAUGUUGAGUCUCUAAAAAAGCUUAACAAGAACAAGAAACUCGUCAAGAAGCUUGCAAAGAAAUACCAUGCUUUCUUGGCCUCUGAGUCUGUCAUUAAGCAGAUUCCUCGUCUUCUUGGUCCUGGUCUUAACAAGGCAGGAAAAUUCCCAACUCUUGUGAGCCACCAGGAAUCCUUGGAGUCAAAGGUGAAUGAAACAAAGGCAACAGUGAAGUUCCAGCUGAAGAAGGUUCUGUGCAUGGGAGUUGCAGUUGGUAACCUUUCAAUGGAAGAGAAGCAGAUCUUUCAGAAUGUGCAGAUGAGCGUCAACUUCCUCGUCUCGCUAUUGAAGAAGAACUGGCAAAAUGUCAGGUGUUUGUACCUCAAGAGCACAAUGGGACCACCACAAAGAAUCUUCUGAGCUUUCACCUACUUAAAAUUGGUGGCUAUAAGACACUUCUUCUUACCCUUUCGUUUUUGUUUCAGACAUAUCUGUUAAACAGUGUAAGAGUUGUGCUGCUACUCUCCUCUUUAGCUUUUGGUUUGGAUAAUUUGAAAUAACUGCAGUGAUUUUGGUUAAUGGAUUUUGUAGCUUAUAUUAUCUUUGAAUUAGAUGUGCUUAUUUCAAAGACGAAUCAAUCCACAGAUGUGAAUAAAAACAGAAAUUUUCGUUUUCAAUUUGAAAAUUGUCCUCGUGGACUGUUCCAUAACCAAAUUCUAUUGACUAUGCA